CCGGGCGGGCUAUUGAGGAGCGCUGCUCACCACUGGGAGGUGAGAAACGCUGCGAGAAACAGGCGAGCUGUAGAGGAGAGCUCCCACCCAAAGGCUUCCCACCCCUCUGAUCCCUUCCAGCGGCCGGAGCAGAUUUGCAGUACCAGGCUUGGCAAUGCCGUUUGGAUGUGUUACUCUGGGAGAUAAGAAGGAUUAUAACCAGCCGUCUGAGGUGACUGACAGAUAUGACCUGGGGCAGGUCAUCAAAACAGAGGAGUUCUGUGAGAUAUUCCGUGCCAAGGAGAAAUCAACAGGGAAGCUCUAUACAUGCAAGAAGUUUCUGAAAAGAGAUGGGCGCAAAGUGCGGAAGGCAGCCAAGAAUGAGAUCAUCAUCCUGAAAAUGGUGAAACACCCCAACAUUCUGCAGUUGGUGGAUGUGUAUGUUACCCGGAAAGAGUACUUCCUCUUCUUGGAGCUGGCCACUGGCCGGGAGGUAUUUGAUUGGAUCUUGGACCAGGGUUACUACUCUGAGCGUGACACCAGCAAUGUCAUCAGGCAGGUGCUAGAGGCUGUGGCAUACCUGCAUUCGCUCAAGAUUGUACAUAGGAACCUCAAGCUAGAGAAUUUAGUAUAUUACAACCGCCUGAAGAACUCAAAGAUUGUGAUCAGUGACUUUCACCUGGCCAAGCUGGAGAAUGGGCUUAUCAAGGAACCCUGUGGAACCCCCGAGUAUCUAGCUCCUGAGGUGGUAGGGCGCCAGCGGUAUGGGCGGCCUGUGGACUGCUGGGCUAUUGGUGUGAUCAUGUAUAUUCUAUUGUCAGGAAACCCACCCUUCUAUGAGGAAAUGGAUGAGGAUGAUUAUGAGAACCAUGAUAAGAACCUGUUUCGUAAGAUCUUGGCUGGUGACUAUGAGUUUGAUCCUCCAUAUUGGGAUGACAUUUCACAAGCUGCCAAGGACCUCGUGGCCCGUUUGAUGGAGGUGGACCAGGACCAGAGGAUUACAGCAGAGGAGGCUAUCUCUCAUGAAUGGAUUUCUGGCAAUGCAGCUUCAGACAAGAACAUAAAGGAUGGAGUAUGUGCUCAGAUUGAGAAAAACUUUGCCAGGGCAAAAUGGAAGAAAGCUGUUCGAGUGACCACAAUGAUGAAGAGACUCCGAGCACCGGAGCACACAGAUGCAGCAAAGGCAGCAGCUCCUGCUGUCGCCACGACAGACAAUGCUGCCCCAACAGAGACCACUGGCACCCUACAGGCAAAAGCUGAAGCAGACAGCGCAGCACCAACCACAACAGCUGAAGCAGCCCCAGCUACAACAGCGGCAACACCACCUGCUGCAGCAGCAAGCCCAGGAGAAACGACAUCAACAGCUCCACCAGCCACGGCAGAAACUCCAGCUACAUCGGCAGCCCCAACUACAUGUAAUGGGGAAGAAGCCACCGCUCCUAGUGCCACGCCAGAGUCCUGGAAUGAGGAGACUGGCUGAGUCAGAGGGGAGCAGGGCAAGGGCAGGGUUGUACCUCUCUUUGUUGUAUUUCUCUUUGUAAAUAGUCACUGGCAUGGUACCCUCCCCCAAACUGUCCUGGCUUCCCAACCAACCCUCUGCGUGUGGCUGUCAGUUUGUCUGACUUUUAUAUGUCUCCAGCUAGGUGCCAGCAGAGUUUCUAUUUUUUAUGUGACAGAGUCCAGGGAGACCCUAAUGGGCCCAGGUAAACAACAGGUGGUUGUAGAGGCCCAGUCCAUUGCAUGAAAUUCUCUCUUCCCCUCUCCCUCUUUUCCUCUGCUUUCCUUUUCUUUGUCCGAUCUGAUGACAUUUGUUGAUUUUUUUCCUUACUACUAGCUGCCCCUAGGGCAUUCUGUCAGCUGACUUGCUACCCUGCUUCCAGGCUCUCUCAGUCUGGUUGGGUGAAGCUGGAGCAACCAGAUUAGACUCAGUAGCCAUACCUUUCUGCUGACUGAUUUGCUAUACCAUGGAGGUAUGGGGAAUGGGACUAAUGUCCAGGUCAGGUUGUGUGACAUAAGAGGGCCACACACUGCCGUGGUAGAUCUCUCAAAUUAGUCAUAUUGAGGUUGCAUGUCGAAUACAUAUGUUCAGCUGCUGGUAAAAUCUUGUGUGGCUAUUUACCUCCAUGUCCACCACAUGGUUGUGUGUGAACAAAGCUAAUGCAAAAUCCAUGUGCAGUGUAUGCGUGUGUGUUUGACCUUCCACUGAACUGUCAAUAUAUUGACACAAUUGGGGUGUAGUUAUCUAUGUAUUUGUGGGACACGAUUCUCCCUGGGGACAGGAGAAAACUCUUCAGUUGGAAAACAAGUCACCUAUGAACAAGCUGGCACAAAGGCAGAUGGAAAGGUGUGUUAUUAUUAUCAUUGACUUGCCACAUUAUCCCAAGAACUCAGGGCAAAAAAAAAAAUGUUGUAUUAUUGUGGAUUAUGAGACCCUUAAAGAGGGAUCUCCAGAUUGUGAGAGGCAGUUGCUAGGAGACAAUAUGUCAGAAGAGUCUAAUGCCUACAUGAUCUCCAGAUCAGAAUUAUAGAGUAGACAGGUGAAUCCUAACCUACAACAAAAUACUUUAGUGAAUUCUGCAUGUGAUCUAGCUUAGUGAAAAUUCACAGAAGCGAGCCAUGUUUGAACCAUGGGAGAAUCAGAGCCACUUUUAGCUAUUUGCAUUGCUGCAACUUUACAUGUUUUUGUUAGGUAACUAGAUGAAAAAGAAGAUGGGCUCCUGUCCCUUUAAUGUGUAGAAGAGGGAGUUUCUGCAGGUGCAACUCAUCAUACAGAGGUGAAAAAAAUUAGACCUACCCAAAUUUCCUCUGACACAACUGAAGGCAUUAAGCCGGGAGGGAACCUGGUAUUUAAGGUGGAAUGGAGUUCAGAAGCCACUAAGUGUGGCAAGAAAGGGGGGGUAAAGGAGCAAGCAACUUGCAGAAUAGGAUCUGCAGAAAGCCUGUCUGCACUAACCACUUGAACAUGUGUUCCCUCAAUAAGUACAGGAGACAAAGAGCUCAUCUUCCAGUAGAUAAUGGAAUGUUCUCUUUCAUUCUGAGACACUUUAUUCCAACAGCUAGCAUUCCUGAGCCUGUGUAAUAAACACUGGAGUCAUCA